AUGAAAAGGCUGGUUGGGCUGGAAGGAGGCGCUAGCCCGAUUUGGGAUGGCGCGCGAGACCACAUCAGCGAGAGCACCAUCGUCGAUGUUGACCACUGCUCCGACGCCGUUGAUCCCCCUGUUGUUCUCGAUUGCGCCGCCAUCAUCGAGGGUGCUACGCCUUCUUCGCCUUCUAAGGCAACGUUUACCCGUGGGCAUCGCCGUCGCUCCACCCACGUCACUCGCCGGGACCUGGAGAAGUUUCAGAAGGAGGUCCUGGGUGUGGAAAACCACGCCGCCUGGUACGACGAGGAAAACGGCUCCUCGCGACCGAUCAAUCCCAACGAUCCGCAGCUGGAAGAGUUGAAUCGUGCCUUUGCGCGCGCUGAUAUGUCCAUGAACAGUGGUCCUGGAAUGUCGGGCAACCCCCCCUCGGGCAUGUUCUCCGGUUACGUCGACGGCUCCCCUGGCACGCCCAACAUGGCAAACAUCCCUCGUCCACCCGUCUCUCCUGCACUCUCUCACCAGGGCUCCCAAACUAACGGCGCCGGGAUGGCGGCUAUGAAUGGCGCCAUGCCGUUGAAUGCCGGCCAUCAGAUGGAUCUGCAUCAUCUCUACGAUAUGGUGCUGGAGCUGAGUGAGGUUUUGAAGAACAACCGUGAGGUCACCAAGAACAUCGUCACAAGCGCCGAGGAGAUCAUGAAACAUGGUUCCUCCGAAACGGCAAGCCCUGCGAUGCAACAAGUCAAUGGCGAGAUAACAGCAACCCGGAUCCUGGAACUCGAACGUGCGCUCGCCAAAGAAAAGCGACUUGUGGAGGAGCUCAAACAAGAACGACAGGAGAAUGCGAAGCUCAUUGGCGAAUAUGAGGCCGGAGUGGGCACUAUGGUUGAGCAGAUCCGAAACUAUUGUCAAAACAACAAUAUGCACUAUCUCUACCAGAAAAAUCACUAUAACAACCUCUUGCAAACCGAACGAGACGCCCACCUCGAGAGCCGCCUCGACCGUGACUAUUGGCACGCCCAAACCAUGCGUUGCGCAGAAAUGAUCCGCACUGCACACCGCUUGCGAUCUGAGGAAGAUGCGUUACCAAUCCGAAUCGUUGCGGGGCUCCAAAACGAAGUCCGAGCUUACCGCCACGCCUUAGGCAUGGAGCCUGAAAAGCCAGAAGACGAAUACGGUUGGGAAAUUCUGCGCGACCUAUCUAGCGCGGAAUAG